AUGGGCUGGUUGGACCGCGUGAAGGGUGUUGGCAUUCAGCAGGACAAGGCCAAACAAGGCGUGCGACCGCAAGUGCCUGCGGCAGUCCUUAAGGCUGCCUUUGAACUCCAGGUUGGUGAGGUUCAUGACUUGGUGAGCACCGAGAUUGGAGUACACCUCUUGCAGCGCACCGCCUGA